AUUUUUUCUCUCUCCUCUCUCUAGUACAGAGGCAGCUCAAGAAACAAAGCUGAAUCUCUCUCUCUCUAUAUGAUAAAUCACUUUCUCUCACUAGAAGUUAUAAUCCACGCUCGUCUUCAUAAAGGAGGUCUGAUCUACUGCCUGCGAAGAACUACUGGAUAAACCAAAAAGGGAACAUCUCUCAGGAAGGAUCUGGAUGGUGCAAUGCAGUUUGGUGGGUAAGGAUUUGGAUUUGACUAAUUUCAGUGAAAUUGAAAAUCAAUUGUUUGAGGUAAAAGCUGCAGUGAUAAUAAUAAAUACAUGGAACAAGGCUACCUCAGAAGGAAGGUGGUCUUGAUUUUGGGUGUAAUCAGUGUUGAAGUUAUACUAUCACAACAGUUGUUAUGUGAAUAGCUGUGAUGUAAUAUAUUGGAUUAAACUAAUAUUUGGUGAUUCUUCUUUGUGGACUUGCUUUCAACAAGCUAUCGCUCGCGUUAGCAUUUGGUUGUUCACUUUAAGUACAAUAUAAUGCAAUCAAGUAAUGUAAUGAGCAUAAUUGUCAUUGGGACAGUUUCAAGCACUUGAAAGAGUUCUGGUUGUUUUGGACUGUUGCAUUGAUUGUGUUUUGCACUUUACAAGCUAGAUGGACGAGAAGGACUUGACUCCUAAUCAUCCUCCAAAGAUGAACCAGCGCCUACUUACUGCUGUUGUUCCUGUGCUUCUAAUUUCAAUUGGCUAUGUUGACCCUGGAAAGUGGGCUGCAGCAGUUGAGGGAGGACCCCAUUUUGGAUUUGAUCUCUUAGUAGUUGUACUUGCUUUCAGUUUUGCUGCUGCGUUGUGUCAGUACUUGUCGGUUUAUGUUGCUGUGAUCACUGAAAAAAAUCUUGCCCAGAUAUGCAGCGAAGAGUAUGAUACUGGCACACGCAUAUGCUUGGGAAUUUUAACUGAGCUGUCAAUGAUUGCUUUGGACCUCACGAUGAUACUUGGCACUGCACAUUGUUUGAACAUGCUGCUUGGUAUGGACCUCUUCAAUUGCGUGUUUUUGACAGUCAUAGAUGCUCUCAUAUAUCCAGUUUUUGCGAAUUUCCUGGAUAAUAGGAGGGAAAAAUUUGUUUGCAUAUGGACAGCAAGUUUCAUAUUGCUGUUCUAUGUUUUUGGUGUGCUGUUUAGUCAGCAAGAGGCCACUAUCCAAUCAAAUGGGAUGUUGACGAAGUUAACUGGAGAAAGUGCAUUCGUAUUGAUGAGUCUUCUUGGAGCAAGUAUUAUGCCUCACAAUAUUUACCUACAUUCUUCUAUUGUACAGCAAGAUCUUGUGCCGGGGAACAUUUCAAAGGAACAAUCUUGUCAUGAUCAUCUUUUUGCUGUUAUAUGCAUCUUCAGUGGCAUUUUUCUGGUGAAUUGUAUGUUGAUGAACUCCUCAGCAAAUGCUUUCUUCAGUACAGGCCUAGUUAUGUCCACUUUUCAAGAUGCAUUGUCACUAAUGGAUCAGGCUUUUAGAAGUUCAAUGGCACUGUUUGUCUUUCUGGUGAUUCUGCAUCUAUCCAACCAAAUUACUGCAUUAACGUGGAAUCUUGGUAGACAAGCAGUUUUGAGUGAAUUCUUCAAGACAGAUAUUCCGGGCUGGCUUCACCAUACAACCAUCAGAAUUGUGGCCCUAAUUCCAGCCCUUUACUGUGUUUGGAGUUCUGGAGCUGAAGGAAUUUAUCAACUCCUAAUUUUCACUCAAGUAGUAGUUGCUCUUGUGCUUCCAUCCUCCGUUAUCCCCCUGUUCCGCGUGGCGUCAUCAAGAUCCAUAAUGGGUGCCAACAAGAUAUCUCCAGGCGUUGAAUUCCUAGUUCUUGUCACGUUUGUGGGAAUGCUUGGCCUAAAGAUCAUAUUUCUGGUGGAGAUGAUAUUUGGAAAUAGCGACUGGGUGGGGAACUUAAGGUGGAAUAUUGGCAGCAAUGCAUUUGCUUCCUACACUAUUCUUCUUGUUGCCGCCUGUAUGUCACUGUGUAUGAUGCUUUGGCUGGCUGCUACACCUCUAAAAUCUGCUAGUACCAGGCUAGAGCCUCAGAUAUUAUGGGACUUGGACACAAGAGAUGAUUCUGUACGUGAUUCGUUUGUGCAGAGAGAUGAACCUUUCAGCGAAAUUGGUUAUAAUAAAAUGGAAUACAUUCGAAAUCAAGGAUCAAUAUUAGCGGAGGGAAUGGGAAAUACUAUGGAGGGACAUUCUAGUGGGUCCAUAAUCAAUAAUGCUGCAAACUUGCCAGAACUGCUAUUAAAUAACAGCAGAAUGCUUCCUUUAACUACUAUUGAAGAGAGUACCAAUGUUGUUACAUUCCCUACUUCUCAAAUUCAUUCAGAGCAACCAACUACUACUGUAGAAAAGGUACUCUGCUCAGCUACCUGUAAUGAUAGGCCUUCUGUUGAGUUGCAACAUGCUAGUGACUUGAGAGUCGAACCGGAAGAUUUGGUGGAAAAGACUGUGAGAAUAGAAGGGGAUACACCUGGUGUGAAGGAUGAUGAAGAAUCUAUUGAGCCUCAAGAGACAACAAAAGGAUUGCCUGAAAACAACCAAACAUUUGUUUCUGAAGGUCCAGGAUCUUACAGGAGCAUGAGUGGAAAAAAUGAAGAAAGUGGGAGUGGUGCUGGAAGUCUUUCAAGACUAGCAGGUUUGGGUCGUGCUGCAAGACGUCAACUAGCUAUAAUUCUUGACGAGUUCUGGGGACAGUUAUAUGACUUCCAUGGGCAAGCUACAGAAGAAGCGAAGGCUAAGAAGUUAGAUGGGUUAAUUGGGGCGGAUUCAAAACCUGGUCUAAAUUCUUCUGCCACGCCAUUCCUGAAAGCGGAGACUAACUUGGAGGAUAUCUGCGGUUACAAUGCAUCUCUCAAGAACAUAGGUAUGUAUAACUCACCCAAUCUCCAUGGACUACAGAAUACAGAUUCAGCUAAUUAUGGGAUUCCAAGGGGAGGAGCAUCGUCAGCUUUCUGGUCCAGCAACUCCAGUCGUGCAUUAUUAGAUCAGUAUGUGCAAAGUUCUAGCUACGGCGGUGCCGACCCUGGUGAAAGGCGGUAUUCUAGUUUGCGAUUACCUCCAUCUUUCGAUAGCAAUGACCAUCAGCCAGCAACAGUACAUGGUUACCAAAUUCAACAAUUAAGCCGGCUUGCUAAAGAGAGAGGUCCAGAUUUUCUGACCGGACAAAUGGAGGCACAAACUCCAAAGUCUCCAUCUUUCUCAGGUUAUAGGGAUCCACUUGCUCCUUCUUCAGGCAGGAAAGCUGUUCCAACUGCAGUGAGCUCCAAGGCACCACCAGGUUUCUCUAUGGCACAGAGAAAUAAGGCUGAAAGAUCGUUCAAAGACCAAUCUGCAAAUGUGGAGAAUCAAGAUACUUCGGUGAACACAAAGAAAUAUCAUAGCCUACCUGACAUAUCAGGACUCUCUCUUCCAUAUCGAACUCAGCAGGACAGAUAUGUUGGGUAUGGAUCGUCUUUGUAUUACCCAUCAUCAAUGAAGGCCAGUGGCCCUUUAACCUUUGAUGAGCUCUCUCCUUCAAGAACAAAUACAGGAGGAGGAGUAUCAAUGUGGUCAAGACAGCCCUAUGAGCAUUUCUCUCCACCGGCUACUACUAGAAACCAUGCUGCUUAUAAUGGUGGUGGUGGUGGUGGGAUUGUUGGGGAUGGGCAGAGUUCGCUUAGUCGAGAAAAUAUGGAAUUGAAAUUACUUCAGUCUUUCAGACAAUGUAUUAUAAAGCUAUUGAAACUGGAGGGAUCUGAUUGGUUGUUUAAACAGAACGAUGGGGCGGAUGAGGAUCUUAUAGACCGCGUGGCUGCAAGGGAGAGAUUCCUUUAUGAAGCUGAAACAAGGGAGAUGGGUCGAUCAUCAUCAUCAUCUGUUAAUAUUGGAGAUGGUCAAUAUUCCUCGUUUGACAACAGGAAGCAUCAUGUUGAAGAAAUGGAACAUACAAAACUUAUGGUUUCCUCUGUCCCUCAUUGUGGAGAAGGCUGCGUCUGGCGAGUGGAUCUGAUAAUAAGCUUUGGGGUGUGGUGUAUUCAUCGUAUUCUUGACCUGUCACUCAUGGAGAGUAGACCCGAGCUAUGGGGAAAAUACACUUAUGUCCUCAACCGACUCCAGGGGAUUAUCAAUCCAGCUUUUGGUAUGCCACGUUCUCCACUGACACCUUGCAUCUGCCUACAAAUUGCGGCGGGUCAGCAGCAACAUUUACAAAGUCGAGCAAACCCACCAGCAAUUUCAAACGGGAGCUUACCUCCACCUGCAGCUAAACUUGGGAGGGGAGGGAAAUGCACAACAGCAGCAAUGCUGGUGGAAAUGAUAAAGGAUGUUGAGAUUGCAAUAUCGUGCAGAAAAGGUCGAUCUGGUACAGCAGCUGGAGAUGUGGCUUUCCCAAAAGGGAAGGAGAAUCUGGCGUCUGUUCUCAAACGCUACAAGCGUAGGUUAUCCAACAAAACAGCAGUUGAGGUUGUUGCUGCUGCUGGUGGUAAUUCACGUCGGGCUGUUGCUGCUGCUCCUUCCGUGUCGGUCCCUAAUUACGGUUUGUGACCAAAAGUGGAUUGUGGGUAGACUUACUCUGUCUCUAUCUCUACCUCGAGCUCUUGUAUGUUUAAUUUGCAUAUGUACCCGAUCCAUACAUAGGAUAUAGACGACGACUUUGGCUUUGUGUAAUUUGUAGCAGAAUUGAAAAAAUAGUGCUAGUAGAGAAAAAAAGAAGGUAUCUCUCUUUCUCAACACAAACUGUCAAAUAAUAUGCCCGUUUGUGUAGUAUUUAUUUACGUGGGAAUAUGUGUUAAUAUUGACUUGUACUUCCUCACUAAAUGGAAUGUUUAUUAUUAUGAUAAAAUGAGAGAAAUUAUUGAGUGCAAUUUUAUCAUUAA